AUGGUAGUUGCGCUCUCUUUCAUCGUGCGAGAGAUUCAGAAGUGUCGGCAAGACCUUGGACGUACCCUGAGUGGGGCCCAACAAAACAUGCGCGAACCUCUGCUUGACAAGAACAAGUUCAAGAUCUCCAACAAAGGUCGAGCAUCAAGCAAUGACUUCAGCAGUCUGACCUCGCAGUCUCUUUCCCUCUUGUCGGAGUCGGCGAGGCGAGAGGCAGAACUUCGAUACCAGCGGGACCAACUAGAAUUGCAGCUGAGGGAGGCGACGACGAAGCUGGAGAAGAUGAAAGUCGAACAACAGUUGCUGAUCAGAGACUUUGACGCAGCUGUAGAGAACCUCCGUAGGAUCUCUUGCGACUGCUGCGCUCUCUCUCUUCAAGUCGACACAACUUGUCGGGAGCAUUCAGAAUUAAAGAAGCAACGUCAAGAAGUCUGCGCUCUCCUAACAAACGCUCCUCAGCAACUCAAUGCUUGCAGCCUCAGCUUACAACAAGUCGUCAAGUCCAUUUGGAGUCGCGAGGACGUUGGAAUUGAAAGUGGCGAAACCGAUAAGACCGGAGCUGGUCGAGACAAGAGCAGGGAGGUCAAGCUGGUCUUUAAGAUGUGGAACUUGACGCGGAUCUUUGACAAGAGGAUUAAAAGUGUUGGUUACUCAGGCGCCUUGCGAGCUACAAGAUCUUUGGUUCGGUCAGUUGUCUCGUUGUGGGGUGAGCUCGUAGUGAUCUCACGCAAGGUCCGCACGGCGUCUGAGUUGUGGCUGCAAUCAAGGCUGAAGAUGAAAAAGGAAGUUGAGAGAAGCGAGCGCCAUCAUCAUCUCCUCUCGGCGUCGGAGCGCUCUCUCGCAAGCUUUCUCAGCAUGGCGUGUGAUCGUUCGCCACACCAGAAGGUCGCAAACUUUGCUUGCUAUGAUGGACUCGCGACAGAGAAUUCGAAGAAAACGGCAAGUGUUGGGAGCCAUGGCCCUGUCGUGUAA